GGCAGUCCAAUGGAUCCAAUGGUGAUGAAGAGGCCUCAGUUGUAUGGGAUGGGUACUCACCCCCAUUCCCAGCCACAGCAGAGCAGUCCAUACCCAGGAGGCUCCUAUGGUCCCCCAGGCGCACAGCGGUACCCCCUCAGCAUGCAGGGCCGGGCUCCAGGGGCCCUGGGAGGCAUGCAGUACCCACAGCAGCAGAUGCCGCCGCAGUAUGGACAGCAAGGUGUGAGUGGUUACUGCCAGCAAGGCCAGCAGCCAUACUACAACCAGCAGCCGCAGCCCCCGCACCUCCCGCCCCAGGCCCAGUACCUGCAGCCCCAGUCCCAGCAGAGGUACCAGCCACAGCAGGACAUGUCUCAGGAAGGCUAUGGAAGUAGAUCUCAGCCUCCUCUGGCCCCCGGAAAAUCCAACCACGAAGACUUGAAUUUAAUCCAACAGGAAAGACCAUCGAGUUUACCAGUUGAAGUAUUGGCCUCGGAGGAUGCAGCCUUUGGACUCAAGGACCUGUCUGGCUCCAUCGAUGACCUCCCCACGGGAACGGAAGCAACCCUGAGCUCAGCAGUCAGUGCGUCCGGCUCUACGAGCAGCCAGGGGGAUCAGAGCAACCCGGCUCAGUCUCCUUUCUCCCCACAUGCAUCCCCCCAUCUUUCCAGCAUCCCUGGGGGGCCAUCGCCUUCUCCUGUUGGCUCUCCUGUGGGAAGCAACCAAUCUCGGUCUGGUCCGAUUUCCCCUGCAAGUAUUCCAGGCAGCCAGAUGCCUCCCCAACCGCCGGGGAGCCAAUCAGAAUCCAGUUCCCAUCCUGCCUUGAGCCAGUCACCAAUGCCACAGGAAAGAGGUUUUAUGUCAGGCACACAGAGAAACCCCCAGAUGUCUCAGUACGGACCUCAGCAGGCAGGACCAUCCAUGUCACCCCACCCUUCUCCUGGGGGCCAGAUGCAUCCUGGAAUCAGUAACUUUCAGCAGAGUAACUCAAGUGGCACUUACGGUCCACAGAUGAGCCAGUAUGGACCCCAAGGCAACUACUCCAGAACCCCAACAUAUAGUGGGGUACCCAGUGCAAGCUACAGCGGCCCAGGGCCCGGUAUGGGUAUCAAUGCCAACAACCAGAUGCAUGGACAAGGGCCAACCCAGCCAUGUGGUGCUAUGCCCCUGGGACGAAUGCCUUCAGCUGGGAUGCAGAACAGACCAUUUCCUGGAAACAUGAGCAGCGUCACCCCCAGUUCUCCUGGCAUGUCUCAGCAGGGAGGGCCAGGAAUGGGCCCACCAAUGCCCACUGUGAACCGCAAGGCCCAGGAAGCCGCUGCAGCUGUGAUGCAGGCUGCUGCAAACUCAGCACAAAGCAGGCAAGGCAGCUUUCCUGGCAUGAACCAGGGUGGACUUAUGGCCUCCAGCUCUCCCUACAGCCAGCCCAUGAACAACAGCUCCGGCCUGAUGAACACACAGGCACAGCCCUACAGCAUGACCCCGACAAUGGUGAACAGCUCCACAGCUUCUCUGGGUCUUGCAGAUAUGAUGUCUCCGGGCGAAUCAAAGCUGUCCACACCUCUUAAAGCAGACGGUAAAGAAGAAGGCGUGUCCCAGCCUGAGAGCAAGUCAAAGGAUAGCUACAGCUCUCAAGGUAUUUCUCAGCCUCCGACCCCAGGCAACCUGCCAGUCCCUUCCCCAAUGUCCCCCAGCUCUGCCAGCAUCUCCUCCUUUCACGGAGACGAGAGUGACAGCAUUAGCAGCCCAGGGUGGCCCAAGACUCCGUCAAGCCCUAAGUCCAGCUCAUCUUCCACCACUGGGGAGAAGAUCACAAAAGUGUAUGAGCUGGGGAACGAGCCAGAGAGGAAGCUGUGGGUCGACCGCUACCUGACCUUCAUGGAAGAGAGGGGUUCCCCAGUGUCCAGUCUUCCCGCCGUGGGCAAGAAGCCCCUGGACCUGUUUCGACUCUACGUCUGCGUCAAAGAGAUUGGCGGUCUGGCGCAGGUUAAUAAAAACAAGAAGUGGCGUGAGCUGGCAACCAACCUAAAUGUUGGCACUUCAAGCAGCGCGGCUAGUUCCCUGAAAAAGCAGUAUAUUCAGUACCUGUUCGCCUUUGAGUGCAAAAUUGAGCGUGGGGAGGAGCCCCCGCCUGAAGUCUUCAGCACAGGGGAUGCCAAGAAACAGCCCAAGCUGCAGCCGCCAUCUCCUGCUAACUCAGGAUCCUUACAAGGCCCACAGACUCCACAGUCAACUGGCAGCAAUUCGAUGGCAGAAGUUCCCGGUGACCUGAAGCCACCAACCCCAGCAUCUACCCCUCAUGGACAGAUGACCCCCAUGCAAAGUGGAAGGAGCAGUACAAUCAGUGUGCAUGACCCAUUCUCAGACGUGGGUGAUGCGGCAUACCCCAAACGGAACUCUAUGACUCCAAAUGCUCCGUACCAGCAGGGCAUGAGCAUGCCAGACAUGAUGGGCAGGAUGCCCUACGAGCCCAACAAGGACCCCUUCAGUGGGAUGAGAAAAGUGCCUGGAAGUAGCGAGCCCUUCAUGACACAAGGACAGAUGCCCAACAGCAGCAUGCAGGACGUGUACAACCAGAGUCCCUCGGGUGCCAUGUCCAACCUGGGCAUGGGGCAGCGGCAGCAGUUUCCCUAUGGAGCCAGUUACGACCGAAGGCAUGAGGCUUACGGGCAGCAGUAUCCAGGCCAAGGUCCUCCCACAGGACAGCCGACGUAUGGAGGACACCAGCCUGGCCUGUACCCACAGCAGCCGAAUUACAAACGCCAUAUGGAUGGCAUGUACGGGCCUCCAGCCAAGCGCCAUGAAGGGGACAUGUACAACAUGCAGUAUGGCAGCCAGCAGCAGGAGGUGUACAACCAGUACGGAAGCUCUUACUCUGGCCCGGACAGGAGGCCCAUCCAGGGACAGUAUCCCUACCCCUACAACAGAGAGAGGAUGCAGGGCCCAGGCCAGAUGCAGCCACAUGGAAUCCCACCUCAGAUGAUGGGUGGCCCCAUGCAGUCAGCCUCCAGCGAGGGGCCGCAGCAGAACGUGUGGGCAGCACGCAACGAUAUGCCUUAUCCCUACCAGAACAGGCAAGGUCCAGGUGGCCCCGCGCAGGCGCCGCCAUACCCAGGCAUGAACCGAACAGAUGAUAUGAUGGUACCAGAUCAGAGAAUCAAUCAUGAGAGCCAGUGGCCUUCUCACGUCAGCCAGCGCCAGCCUUACAUGUCGUCGUCGGCCUCCAUGCAGCCCAUCACGCGCCCACCUCAGUCAUCCUACCAGACGCCACCAUCGCUGCCAAACCACAUCUCCAGGGCGCCCAGCCCCGCCUCCUUCCAGCGCUCCCUGGAGAGUCGCAUGUCUCCAAGCAAGUCUCCCUUCCUGCCCACCAUGAAGAUGCAGAAGGUCAUGCCCACAGUUCCCACAUCCCAGGUCGCUGGGCCGCCCCCUCAGCCACCGCCAAUCAGAAGGGAGAUUACCUUUCCUCCUGGCUCUGUGGAAGCCUCACAGCCAGUCCUGAAACAAAGGCGAAAGAUCACCUCAAAAGAUAUUGUCACUCCCGAGGCGUGGCGUGUGAUGAUGUCCCUUAAGUCGGGUCUGUUGGCCGAGAGCACCUGGGCUUUGGACACCAUCAACAUUCUCCUCUACGACGACAGCACUGUCGCCACCUUCAACCUCUCCCAGCUGUCUGGCUUCCUGGAACUUUUAGUAGAGUACUUCCGAAAAUGCCUCAUUGACAUUUUUGGAAUUCUUAUGGAAUAUGAAGUGGGUGACCCCAGCCAUAAAGCACUUGAUCACCACGCGGGGAAGAAAGACGACAGCCAGUGCUCAGGAGACGAUUCUGGGAAAGAAGAGGAGGCUGAGUGUCCUGACGAAGAGGAGGAGGAUGAGGAGGAGGAGGAAGACAGCGGAAAGACAGAGUCGGAGGGGACGAGCGGCGCUGCUCCUGCUGCUCCAGAUGCCACCGUGGACCCCAAGGAGACGCCAAAGCAGGCCAGUAAGUUUGACAAGCUGCCCAUAAAGAUUGUCAAAAAGAGCAACCUGUUUGUGGUGGACCGGUCUGACAAGCUGGGCCGCGUGCAGGAGUUCAACAGUGGGCUCCUGCACUGGCAGCUGGGGGGCGGCGACACUACAGAGCACAUCCAGACUCACUUUGAGAGCAAGAUGGAGAUCCCUCCUCGCAGGCGCCCACCUCCGCCUCUGAGCUCCACCGGGAGGAAGAAAGAGCCAGAAGGCAAAGGUGAUUCCGAAGAGCAGCCAGAGAAAAGCAUCAUAGCCACCAUCGAUGACGUCUUGUCUGCCCGGCCAGGGGCCCUGCCUGAAGACGCCAACCCAGGACCCCAAACUGACAGCAGCAAGUUUCCCUUUGGAAUCCAGCAGGCCAAAAGCCACCGGAACAUCAGGCUACUGGAGGACGAGCCCAGGAGCCGGGACGAGACGCCCCUGUGUACCAUCGCGCACUGGCAGGACUCCCUGGCCAAGCGCUGCAUCUGUGUGUCCAACAUCGUGCGGAGCUUGUCUUUCGUGCCUGGCAACGAUGCAGAGAUGUCCAAACACCCAGGCUUGGUGCUGAUCCUGGGAAAGCUGAUUCUGCUGCAUCACGAGCAUCCAGAGAGAAAAAGGGCGCCACAAACCUAUGAGAAGGAGGAGGAUGAGGACAAGGGGGUGGCCUGCAGCAAAGACGAGUGGUGGUGGGACUGCCUUGAGGUCUUGCGGGAUAACACACUGGUCACGUUGGCCAACAUUUCCGGGCAGCUAGACUUGUCUGCGUAUACGGAGAGCAUCUGCUUGCCGAUCCUGGACGGUUUGCUGCACUGGAUGGUGUGCCCGUCCGCAGAGGCGCAGGACCCCUUUCCCACCGUGGGGCCCAACUCAGUCCUGUCACCACAGAGACUUGUGCUAGAGACGCUCUGUAAACUCAGUAUCCAGGACAACAACGUGGACCUAAUCUUGGCCACACCUCCAUUUAGUCGUCAGGAGAAAUUUUAUGCUACAUUAGUUAGGUACGUUGGGGAUCGCAAAAACCCAGUCUGUCGAGAAAUGUCCAUGGCGCUUUUAUCGAACCUUGCCCAGGGGGACGCACUGGCAGCAAGGGCAAUAGCUGUGCAGAAAGGAAGCAUCGGAAACUUGAUAAGCUUCCUGGAGGACGGGGUGACGAUGGCGCAAUACCAGCAGAGCCAGCACAGCCUCAUGCACAUGCAGCCCCCACCUCUGGAACCCCCUAGCGUAGACAUGAUGUGCAGGGCGGCCAAGGCUUUGCUGGCCAUGGCCAGAGUGGACGAAAACCGCUCAGAAUUCCUUUUGCACGAGGGUCGGUUGCUGGAUAUCUCGAUAUCGGCUGUCCUGAACUCUCUGGUGGCGUCUGUCAUCUGUGAUGUACUGUUUCAGAUUGGGCAGUUAUGACACACGUGAGCAGGCACGCAUGCGUGAGUGAAGAUAGAGGGUCACAUAGGACUGGCUGUUUCUGUUCUCGUUUAUCCAGCGUAGGAUGAAGGAAGAGUCUUUGCUCCUCUGCCCCGUCACUAUUUACCAAUUGGGAAUUAAAUCAUUAAUUCGAACAGUUAUAAAAUUAAUAUUUGCUGUCUGUGUGUAUAAGUACAUCCUUUGGGGAUUUUCUAUUUCUUUUUUUUUUAACCAAAGUUGCUGUCCAGUGCAUUCAAAGGUCACUUCUUUUCCACAAAAUUUCCUUUUUAAUGUUUUUUUUUUUAAUGUUGUAUUGCAGUUUUGGGGAAGUGAAUUGAAAGAAAAAAAUUUUUUGGCAAAAGAGGCUAAGAUAGGAAAAUUUCACCACACCGAGGCAGAAAGGUGAAAGGAAAAUUGAUCCUUGAAUUGAUUUUCUAUGAAUUUUAUUCUUCACAGAAUGAUAAAAACAAAACUGCACCCCAUCACCCAAAGCUCUGUGCAAUAGAAACUUCUAGAGAUAUAGGUAUAGGGGCUCGAGGAAGUGUGGCAGUCAGUCAGAACUAUGAGUGAUACUGGUUUCUCCACAGGAAAGUGGUUACAUUAGGCUAUGAGCAAAAAACAGCGCUUUCAGUUAGGGGUGAAGCUGCACCCUGACAGCCAUCCGCGGAACUGCUUCCUCACCACGACCGCCAUAUCUGCUGCGGUCCGGCCUCCACGUGACAGUUCUUCACAAUUCCUUUCAUCAUUUUUUAAAUAUUUUUUUUACUGCCUGUGGGCUGUGAUGUAUAUAGAAGUUGUACAUUAAACAUACCCUCAUUUUUUUUCUUUUCUUUUCUUUUUUUUUUUUUUAGUACAAAGUUUUCAUUUCUUUUUCAUGAUGUGGUAACUACGAAGUGAUGGUAGAUUUAAAUAAUUUUUUAUUUUUAUUUUAUAUAUUUUUUCAUUAGGACCAUAUCUCCAAAAAACAAAAAAAAGAAACAAAAAAUACAAAAAACAAAAACAAACAAAAAAAGAGGGUAAUGUACAAGUUUCUGUAUGUAUAAAGUCAUGCUCUGUUGGGAGAGCGGCUGGUCCCAAUUUGCUUCAUGAAUCAAGGUGUGGAAAUGGUUGCAUACGGAUUGAUUUAGAAAACGGAUACCAGUACAGACAAAAAAAAAGAAAAAAAAGAAAAGAAAAAACAAAGAAGGAAUAAACAACUAAAAGGAAGAAACACAACUUCAGCGAUUUUUCUGUGACAGGAAUCCACAUUUGUAUUUCAAGAUAAUGUAGUUUAAGAAAAGAAAAAAAUGAAAAAAACUUGAUGUAAAUUCCUCUUUUCCUCUGGCUUAAUGAAUAUCAUUUAUUCAGUAUAAAUCUUUAUAUGUCCCACAUGUUAAGAAUAAAUGUACAUUAAAUCUUGUUAA